AUGAACAUGAACUCAACAAAUAGAGCCAAGCCCGUCACCUCAGCUGACUACCGAACUCUUGCCUAUGUAGAAUUGACCGCUGACACUGUCUUUGGGUCUGGGUACGACAUAGCCGUUCUCGUGCACCAAAGUCAUUUCGACUCGAAUGACUAUCUUGCUACCCUUACUGCCCAUUCCACCAGCCCAGCGCCCGGUCAGCCUCAGCUUGUAGAUCUUGGACUGCAUAGUGGAACGACGAGAGAAGAGGCAUUGCUGGGCCUGUUGCAUACCCUGGAAGAAAUGGCAGCCAUGAGAAGUAAUGCGAAUAGGAUGAAAUCGAAGAAAGAGGUUACAGAAAACAAGCAGAAGAGCGGGCAGCUGAUAGAGGAGAUGGCGGAGGAGCAUAACGAGGAAAGAUGA